UAGCUUUGGCAGGGCUCCCAAACAGCUCCUCCUCCUCCCUUCGCCCGCUGCCUUAAGCUCCUCAGGGCUCAGCGGAACCAAAAUGCGAGGAGCUGCGCCGGGAGGGGACGCCGAAACGGGAGCGGAGUCGGAGGAGACAUGAGCAGCACUAAGGACGUGACCUGCAGGUAUUUUAUGCAAGGGGUAUGCCGUGAAGGAAGUAGGUGCCUAUUUUCACAUGAUUUGUCUACAAGUAAACCAUCUACUAUCUGCAAAUUCUACCAGAAAGGCCAAUGUGCCUAUGGAACUCGCUGCAGAUAUGAUCAUGUUAGACCUUCUGCAUCAGGUGCCAUAGUGAGUACUAGGACUCUUUGCGCUUCUGCACCACCAUUCUACAGCCUUAACACUCAGCCGGAGCAAAAUACACCUAUAACAAAAAGUAAAGUACAUGAGCCUGGAAAACGUGAAAAGAAAACAUUAGUGCUCAGAGACAGAGAUUUAUGUGGCUCAAAUGAGGAAAGAUGCGGCGCUCAGAGUGAUUCAGCAUGUUGCAGUGUUUCAACAGAUGCUCUAGAAGCAAAGCCCCAUUCAUAUUUGGAAGCUAUCCGCAGUGGGCUUGAAGAUGAUUAUGCUGAACCUGGAAGUUCAUACACUGAUGGCGAACAGUUAUGUCCUUAUGCAGCAGCUGGCAUGUGCCAGUUUGGUGACAGAUGUCUCUACCUCCAUGGGCAAGUGUGUGAAAUCUGUGGCUUGCAAGUACUUCAUCCCUUUGACCCAGAACAGAGAAAGAUGCAUGAAAAGAUGUGCAUGGCUACGUUUGAACACGAGAUGGAGAAGGCCUUUGCCUUUCAAGCAAGUCAGGACAAGGUAUGCAGUAUCUGCAUGGAAGUGGUAUAUGACAAACCAUCAGCAUCUGAAAGAAGAUUUGGAAUCCUUUCCAACUGCAAUCACACAUACUGCUUGUCCUGUAUCCGCCAGUGGAGGGGUGUCAAGCAGUUUGAGAAUCCAAUCAUAAAGUCCUGUCCAGAAUGCCGUGUGAUAUCAGAGUUUGUAAUUCCCAGUGUGUAUUGGGUGGAAGAUCAGACUAAAAAGAAUGAGCUGAUUGAAGCAUUUAAGCAGGGAGUGGGGAGGAAGGCCUGCAAGUAUUUUGACCAGGGUAAGGGGACCUGCCCAUUUGGGGGGAAAUGUCUGUACCUGCAUGCCUAUCCAGAUGGGAGACGGGCUGAACCAGAGAAACCACGAAAGCAGCUUAGCUCUGAGGGGACUGUCCGGUUCCUUAAUUCUGUUCGCCUCUGGGAUUUUAUUGAAGAUCGAGAAAACAGAACACUGCCAGCUGCUGACAAUGAUGUAACAGAGAUGGGAGAGCUUUUUAUGCAUCUUUCUGGAGCAGAUGCUGAACCUACUGCUCCUCCCUAAGCCACCACAAGAUCUCUACCAUGUACUCUUCUGUAUCAGUCUUUCUGUUCCUUAAAUAACUUUGUACUGUUUACCACUUUAGAAUUACUGUGCCAUGGAGACUGAAGUCCUGGUGAAAUUCUAGUAUGAGCCUGACACUGUAGAGCAAAACAAUUGAAGCUUAAUAAAAUGAUUGCUUUAAAUAAAAA